AUGAGUAACCCCUCCCCCCAAGUCCCAGAGGGAGAAGCCUCUACAUCUGUCUGCCGGCCCAAGAGUUCCAUGGCCUCCACUUCCCGUCGCCAACGCCGAGAGCGUCGCUUCCGUCGCUAUUUGUCUGCAGGACGGCUGGUCCGGGCCCAAGCCCUCCUCCAGCGACACCCAGGCCUUGAUGUAGAUGCUGGGCAGCCCCCACCUCUGCACCGGGCCUGCGCCCGCCACGAUGCCCCUGCCCUGUGCCUGCUGCUUCGGCUUGGGGCUGACCCUGCCCACCAGGACCGCCACGGGGACACGGCGCUGCAUGCCGCUGCCCGUCAGGGCCCUGAUGCCUACACGGAUUUCUUCCUGCCACUGCUGAGUCGCUGUCCCUCUGCCAUGGGAAUAAAGAAUAAGGAUGGGGAGACCCCAGGGCAGAUUCUGGGCUGGGGACCCCCUUGGGAUUCUGCUGAGGAGGAGGAGGAAGAUGAGGCCUCUAAGGAACGGGAAUGGAGACAGAAGCUGCAGGGAGAGCUGGAGGAUGAGUGGCAGGAGGUCAUCGGGAGAUUUGAAGAUGAUGCUUCCCAUGAGACCCAGGAACCCGAGUCCUUCUCAGCCUGGUCAGAUCGCAUGGCUCAGGAACAUGCCCAGAAGCGCCAGCAGCAGCAGCGUGAGGCAGAGGGAGCCUGCCGACCCCCACGGGCUGAGGGCUCCGGGCACAGCUGGCGGCAGCAGGAGGAGGAGCAGCGGCUCUUCCGAGAGCGAGCCCAGGCCAAGGAGGAAGAACUGCGUGAGAGCCGAGCCAGGAGAGCACAGGAGGCACUCGGGGAUCGAGCUCCGGAGCCAGCCAGAACCGGCCCCCGGGCAGAGCACCCCAGAGGCGCAGGGCGGGGCAGACUCUGGCGCUUUGGUGAUGUGCCUUGGCCCUGCCCUGGGGGAGGGGACCCAGAAGCCAUGGCUGCAGCACUGGUGGCCAGGGGUCCCCCCUUGGAGGAACAGGGGGCUCUGAGGAGGUACUUGAGGGUCCAGCAGGUCCGUUGGCACCCUGACCGCUUCCUGCAGCGAUUCCGAAGCCAGAUUGAGACCUGGGAGCUGGGCCGAGUGAUGGGAGCCGUGACAGCCCUUUCUCAGGCCCUGAAUCGCCACGCAGAAGCCCUCAAAUGA